AUGUAUUAUUUUAAAGGCAAGACUCAUUCUCCUCUCCCAAAAUUAACUGAUCGUUCAUAAUCACGCCUUGAUAAGUUGAAGACCUUCUUUUUGCCUGAGAGAAGUGUAUCAACUAGAACAUAUUCAAGAAAGGCUGAGAACCGCACUGAGUAAAAUUAGAUGCUUACUGAGUAUUAAGGUGAUUUAGUUGAAAUAAUAAUUCCUAAAAAAGCAACAAAGCGUAGUUGCAAUCUAAAGAAGGUGAUGCCAUAAGUUUACUAAAAACCAAAGAUUAUUAUAAAAGAAGAAGAAUCUAUUAAUUUAGAAAGUGAUUCAGCACCUAAAUCCCCUGAUUCCUAACAAGAAGUUCAUCUUGAUAUUUCAGCUAUUAAACAAGCUAUGUUGUCAAUCAAUAAUAAAUUGAAUGCGGAUGAAUCAUUCUUUAGUUUCAUUAAAAAGAAAGAAAAACUUAGAGAUAUUGCAGAGAAUUUUGGAGAUCUAGAAUAGAAUUUCUCAAAUCCAGGUCAUUUUUAUUGUAAAAAUGAUAGUUUAUUUCCAAAAAGAAUAGAUGAUGCUAGUCAUUUAAAAGAAGAUAAAUUGAUAAAUUUGUCAAAUUUGGGUGUUGGAGAGAAAUACUACCCUCUCAUUAAGAUACUAUUAUAAAAGCAAUAAAAUAUAAAAUAACUCAUAUUCUAAGGAAAUAAGAUAAAUGAUAAAUUGUUUUUGAGUUUAGUCUAACAUUUCCCACCAAUUAUGAAAGACUUGAAUCUAAAAGACAAUUAGCUUGGUUCUAAAGGAGCUCAUAUUUUAGCAGAAUAUCUGAGUCGAUUUCAAAAGUAAUGGAAUUUGUUAUUAAAAGUCUCAAGAUUCUUAAUAUUGCGAACAAUUUCAUAGGUGAUAACGGGGCUAAUAUCUUUUUUAAGAAUCUACAUAAGAAUGUCCUUCUAAGUAAAUUAAUCAUUUCAGAAAAUAAUCUAUCUGAUGGUGUUGGAUAAGCUUUAUAUGAUUUAUUAAUUAAAUCAUCUGGAUUAGAAGUAUUAUCAAUAAAUUGGAAUUAAUUGGGCUCUACUACAGGGAUAUUUAUAGCUAAGGCUUUAUUAGUUAAUCGAGUAUUGAAAGUAUUAGAUUUAAGUUACAAUCGAAUAGGAUCAAAUGAAAAAUCAAAUUGUAUAUAAUUUUGGUGUUAAGCAUUAUUAAAUACCUAAUUAAGUUUAGUUCAUUUAGAUAUAUCUUACAAUUAAAUAUCAGAGAAAUAAAUACGUUAACUUAACGACGCAUUAUUAAAAAACAAUUCUCUUUAUGGAAUCCAUUUAGAAGGUAAUAAAUUUGAAGGUUAUAUUGAUCCAUAUGGAUUCAUAUAAUUUUAAUAAAUAAAUGAAGAGUUCAGUUAGAUAAAAUAUUAAAUUGAUGGUGUUAAUUACUUACCUGAAUUGACUAGAAUAACAACUUAAAAUUGUUGCUGGAUUUGUUAAGGAUGGGUAGAACAUCGUUUCUAAUACACACCAGAUAUUGAAUAACCAGACACUCCAAUAUUUCUUCAUUUAGACUUUUUGAAGUAUAUUAAAUAUAAAUAAUUAGUUAUAAACCAAUACCUAUGACAUCAAGUUCCGAACUUAAAGCAUAAUUAAUUGAGUAAUAGAAGGAACAAUUAUUAAAAAAGGAUACGUAAUAAAAAUAAACAAAUCAAACUAAUUUAAAUGUUCCUAAAGUUUAAGAGAGAAAAAGUAGUAUUUUAUCAAAAGAAAUACUUGAUGAAUUGUAGAAAUUUUGUUAUUCAACAUAUUAAAUGUGUCCUCCUAAAUAGAGAAUUUUAUAUUUCUUUUCAAAUCCAUUAAUUGAAUCUUAUUUUAUAGAACCCACUUAAGAUAAUAUACCAUCUCCUUAAGAUAAUCUAACAUUAUAAGGUAAAGAUCCUAAACAUCAAUUUCAUUAUUUUUCUGAUGGAACUGUUUUGAAAUUCAAAAAAAUAGGUUUUGUGAAUUAUCUUUACACAAAAUAAGAAUUUAUAAUAGAUGAUAAAAAUAAUUAUAAACCACUUAUUAGAUUAUUUCCACGUUCUUCAGAAAAGAAAUAUGUUUUAAGAAGAAUGGGUAAUAAUUUAAAGAGAAAAUAGUUAAAUUAUCAUUAAUGGAAUAUAGAAGAAUCUUUAUUCAAAUAAUAAUUUUAAUCAGAUAAUGAAGAAAUUUUGAAUGAAUGUUUUUAAUUUGAUUGGAGUUGUAGUAAAAUAAAUAGAUUUGUAAAAAAUGAUUACGAAUAAAUGAAGUUGAAAGAAUAUUUAAGAGAAAAUUAUCAAUUAAUUAAAGAUAUUUAUAAAUAUUAUUCUAGUAAUGGAUAUUUUAUAUCAGAAUGCUUUUCAAUUUCAUUCUAAUCAUAUAUAAAAAUGAUAUAAUAAAUUGGUAUAAUAGAUAAUGAAUCAGUAAAAUUAUAAGAUGUAGAAAUUGAUUUAGCUUCUAUUAAGAAUAAUAUUGAUCCAAAAUUUAUAUAUAAUCCUGAGAAGGCUCUUAUUAGAUUUUAAUUUAUAGAAAUGUUUUUUCGAUUAGCAAAUGAUAAAUAUGUAAGAACCAAUAUUGUUAAAAAUCAUGCUGAUGCUGUUUAUAGAUUAAUUAAAGAAUUUAAAGAGCAUUUCAAAAACUUUGAUACUUGUUAAAAAUGGAGAGAUGAAAGAUAUUGGAAUAAAGAAUGUGAAUGUUUAAUCCAAUUUAAAAUUCCUUUCCUAAAAAAACUUUAUGAUUAUGUUACUGACUUAAAUAAUCGAAAAUGGUAUUUUAAAAUGAAAUGGGUUGCAAUUAAAGAAUUCAAAGAUUUUUGUAAAUAAAUGGGAUUAAUGGAUUAUAUUAAUGAAAAAUUAAUAGUUAUUAUUUUUAACUUUUCAAUGAUGUCUUAAGCAGAUGAAUUAACUUAAGAUCGUCAUAUUAGAAUGAGUUAAAUAGAAUUUUAUGAAGCAUUAGCUAGAUUAGCAGAAUAUAUAAGUCCAGGUCCUAUAGGGGAAGUAACAGAUGCUGCUUCAUCCUCAAGAUAUAGUUUACCAUUGCAUGUUAAACUAGAGACUUUGUUAACACAUAUAUAUUUUAAUGUUGUCAAAAGGUAAAGAAAUUAUUUUUCUUUAGAUCUCCUUAAUUCACUGUAUUCUAUGAUCUUUUUACAAAUAUUUAAAAGUAGGAUUGGCUACCUAAAUUCAAAGUUGGCAAGAAAAUUGAAUAAGAUGAAGAACCUUAAUAUUUAAAUUAUUAAGACACUUUAACUGUUUAUAAUGCAGCAUUAUAUUGUGGUAUGUAUAUUCUAUAUAUAAAAUUAUAGCUAUGCAUAAGUAACCAUAUUUAAAUCCUAAUUACUAAAGCUUUUUGAGAAAAGGUUUUUUGAUUGUUGAAUAAUCACCAAGAAGAAGUACACUAUUAAGUCCUAAAAGUCCUGUCCAAAUUUUAAGAUUAACAAAAAAGUCAGGGUUUGCUAUGGAUGAACCCAAAAUUUCACCUCCUCUUUCUCCAAGAGCUCGUUCACCCAGUUUACGUAAGCAGGGCAAAUGA